AUGGGAGAUGAAAACUUCACUGACUGUCAGGUUUAUUGGAAAGUCUAUCCAGAUCCAUCACAAAGUAUAUACGCAAUCGUUCCAUUUCUAUGCGUGUACCUUUUUCUCUUUUUUCUCGGACUAUUUGGAAACGUGACUUUAAUCUAUGUCACUUGCAGUCACAAAGCUCUACUGAGCGUACAAAACAUCUUCAUUCUGAAUUUGGCUGCUAGCGAUUGUAUGAUGUGCAUUCUAUCUCUACCAAUUACGCCAAUUACCAAUGUGUACAAAAACUGGUAUUUCGGAAAUCUUUUAUGUCAUUUGAUUCCGUGUAUUCAAGGAAUUAGUAUAUUUGUGUGUACCUUCAGUCUUGGAGCCAUCGCACUCGAUCGGUAUAUUCUGGUAGUGAGACCUCACACGACCCCAUUAUCUCAACGUGGUGCAUUUUUAACAACUGUUUUGUUAUGGAUUUUAUCAUUUGUUGUCACUCUCCCUUAUGCUUUCAACAUGCAAAUGAUUGAAUAUACAGAAGAACAUAUUUGUGGUUAUUUCUGUACUGAAAAAUGGGAAUCCGCAAAGUCACGGAGAGCCUACACCAUGAUUGUCAUGCUGGCUCAGUUUGUGGUCCCAUUCGCUGUCAUGGCCUUCUGUUAUGCAAAUAUUUUCUCGGUCCUUAGCAAACGGGCCCAGACAAAGAUACGUAAAAUGGUGGAGAGAACAAGUGCACUGGAGAGUUCAUGUGCAUUCCCAUCGCACGGUCUUGAGCAAUAUGAAAAUGAGUUGAACGAGUUCCUGGACAAACAAGAAAAGGAGAAGCAAAGAGUGGUACUUCAAAACAGAAGAACUACAUCGAUUCUUGUCACAAUGGUGGUUUGGUUCGGAAUAACUUGGCUUCCACACAAUGUGAUUUCAUUAAUAAUUGAAUACGACGACUCUCAACAAUUCUUUCGGUUGUAUGGAAGAGACGACUAUGAUAUAAGUUACCUACUCAAUCUAUUCACUCACAGCAUUGCAAUGUCAAAUAAUGUUGUAAACCCUGUGCUCUACGCAUGGCUCAAUCCAACUUUCCGGCAAUUGGUAAUGAAAACGUACUUUGGUGAUCGCCGCAAGAGUGACAGAAUCAUCAAUCAAACAUCGGUUUACAAAACGAAAAUUGUGCAUGACACGAAGCAUUUGAAUGGACGGGUUAAAAAUGGUGAUAGUUGUCGAGAGGCUUUAAAGCAAAGGGAACUCAAUUCAUGUUCAGAAAAUUUGAGUUACCGUGUGAAUGGUCAAACGAGAACUCCGACUCCUGAUGUUCAGCUCAACGAAGUUUCAAGUCCUGAAAUAAGUAAACUCGCAGCCGACCCGGAUGAAUUGAUCGAGUUCAGCGUCAACGACACAUUGGUCUAA